AAAGUUAGUCUGAGUGAAGAAGAAGAAGCAGCAGAAGAAGAAUUCGGAGGCGCCUCACGUGACCGGAGUCUUGUGACCGGCCCAAGAGCAGGAACACAAUUUUCAAGAGUUCACCAACACUUUUAAGUAGAUACUGCCGAGAUCAAAAGGAAAGGGAAAUAACGAGGCCUUAAGCGGAAAGGUUGUUAUAUUAAGAAAACUAAAAUCAGGAGGUCUCUAAAAUCUAACAACGUAUAAAUCGGCAUUUAUUGCUGAUAUAUUAGGGCGACAUGCAUUGAACACAAAGGGUCUAAUGUCAAAUUUACCAGCGACCAGAAAGUAGCCGUAGGGUCGGGGAGUGAUACUUUCGGUAUCCGAAGUUCUUGUUUUUAAUCGAGCCCGGAAAACGUAUGUUAGAUCGGUGCCGUCGUUCUGAAAGCGUGUAGGACGGAAUCGAACUUGAAGGAGCAACACGUCGAAUAUGGACAGCAAACCGCUGCUGCAAGAGAGACCUCCUGCCUACAACGCGGUACCCGGUGCUUAUGAAUACGGACCACAGCAUAACUACGGGGCCAUUGCUCCGCCUGCCCAGCCGCAGCCGGGAUUCCAGCAACCACCGCCGCCGUAUCAGUAUCCCGAGGGACCAGGAUACACACACCCGUCCCUGCCAGUGCCCCCUGUUGCCCAACAGCCAAACUACACAGGGACGUACACCAUCAUCCAGCCCUCUGUCGUGGUGGUGGGAGGCUGCCCAGCUUGCCGAGUCGGCGUGCUGGAGGAUGACUUCACCUGCCUAGGAAUUCUUUGCGCCAUUGUCUUCUUUCCCAUUGGGAUCCUCUUCUGCCUUGCACUGCGCCAAAGAAGGUGUCCCAACUGUGGAGCCACCUUCGGAUAGGCCACAACGUGCCGGCUGGGGAGGCACGGCCUCCGAAGAAAUUCCUUUACUGUUCUUUUGAUUUUUUUUUUUUUUUUUUUUAAUUGCCAUUCGCCAUAUGCACUUACCUCCGUCAGGCUUAUGUUUGUAAAAUUACCUUGUGGCAGCCAAACCCAGAUAUGCAUGUGAAAACGUGUAGCUCCCCCCCCCCCCCAUUCCUGUUCACAUGCAUGGAAAGGAGGAAAGCAAGUAACUUUGUCAUCUUGCAAUUCUGUACUUUACUAUUCACCUAUUAGCUGGUGCCUUUGAAAUAAACAUACAUAAUCAUUUUAUUUUUAGUAAUGCAGGAAUCUGAACAGGGAAUGUUCCAUCUGUAUGUAUGAAUACCAAUGAAAGACUGAGGGGGUGAACUGAAAAUGGAGUGGUGUUCUGUGGAUGGAACACACCCCCCCACCCCCCUUGGUGCAUCCUAACCCACAACCAACCAAAAUAAUAUGCUUCCUUUUUUCUCUCAAAACAGAUUGUCUGUCUUCUGGUAAUUGGUGGUUAUCUAUCAUUCCAUUUGAGCUUUGCUUGAAAUAUCACAAGGGCAUAAUUCCCUAUUUUUUCAGCGUCUAAGCAAUCAUAUUAGGAAGUGCUUUUGCACCUAAUUGCAUCGCAAACAGGCAUCUCUAACCAGUCAAAAAUUAUCCUUUCCCUUAAAUGACGUAAAGGAAACAUUCGUUGGAGGAAACCAUUUUAGUAGGAACUGAUACUAUAGAAACUAGGUGAAUGUUCUACAAUUGUCAUUGUAUGCUCUGUUUUUCUAGCACAUCAUCAGUGAUGUAUUGCAUUCGACUGCUAUUAGCAUUGACCUUAGGAAUCACUUUUGGACCUUGGUCAUUUAAAAUGCAACACUGUGAAUGAUUUCAGGGAAAUUUGUGAAGGUAUGUUAGAUGGAAAAAAACCUGAAGAAAAACUGAAUUGAUUCAAGUAUCAAGCUCUUCAAGAUAUCAAUUCUCUUCUAAUGAAAGACAAUCAAGUCUGUUCAGCUGUGUUGCAUUCAUACAUUACUGUAGGUUAAGGUAUAAAUAUUUCACAGGCAUUUUACCUUGAAAUACACUAAACCUAUGAUUUAUUGUAACUUUUAUAUAACAAUUGUAAAUAAAAUUGAGCAUGUAA